UGUCAUGGAAAGAAUUUAUUGUUGUUGCACAGCACGAAAAAAAUUGAAGAGUUUAAAAUUUCGGUCAAAGUGAUACUAAUUAUGUUGUUGUUAACUAAAUAAUGGCUACGUUUAUUUUUAAUAACUUAUGUUUCCUAAAAAUGUAUCAGAUUCUUUCUUUCCUAUUUUAAUUAUUAAUAUUUUUAUGUAGGUACAGGGUUAUGUCAUUUGAAUUAAGAUUCUAGAAUUAGAAUAAUGCCUUUUCUAAAGACUUUGGGUAAAACCUGUGGAUUUGUGGGAUAUGUUCUACAAUAUGCUUGUGUUACGCAUUGUACCUUUGAAUAUAUCGGAGACUUUGUUAUGUGUUCUGGGCCAUCAAUGGAACCAACUCUAGAGUCUAACAACAUUCUCUUCACGGAGCAUGUGACUCCACGGCUACAGAGAUUGCGUCGUGGUGACAUCGUUAUAGCUAAAAGUCCAUCGAACCCCAAGCAGAACAUUUGCAAAAGGAUCGUCGGAUUGCCCGGAGACAAAGUUCGUGGACACUUUCCAAAACGAAGCCAGGUUGUGCCAAGAGGUCAUGUAUGGUUAGAAGGAGACAAUUCUAGUAAUUCAGCUGAUUCGCGUGUGUAUGGACCUGUACCGCAGGGUCUGAUUCGAAGCAGAGUUGUGUGCCGUGUGUGGCCAUUAGACAAAAUAACAUCCUUGACUGAAUACUAGCAAUAACAGAUUUAUAAGACAACUAUGCUGUAAGCAUAGACUAUGUGUUUGUCUUCCAAAGACAUU